AUGCACACCAAGUCUCUCUUUAUGACCCUCCUCAUUCUCCCGGCUGUUUUGGCCUGGGACUCCCCUGACUACUCGGGCUUCACACGUCUUUGGCAGGAUAGCUUCGCCGGCGCCGCGGGCACGGGCGUUAACGAAGGUAACUGGAACAUCAUUACUAACCUGCACGUCAACAACGAGAUCCAGGAUUACACAACCUCGCGCUCGAACUUACAGAUCUCGGGUGGCGGCACCGUUCAAAUCGUCCCGCAGAAGGACGUCAGUGGGCGCUGGACCUCCGGACGCGUCGAGUCCAAGUACACCUUCACCCCGGCCGCUGGCCGCAUCACCUUCGCCGAGGGCCAGAUCCGCUUCGGCGACAAUGCGGUCGCCAACAAGAAGGGCAUCUGGCCCGCUUUCUGGAUCCUCGGUGCCUCAAUACGCAACGGCGUCGCCUGGCCGCGCUGCGGCGAGCUCGACAUCCUUGAGACCGUCAACGGGCAGUUGACCGGGUACGGCACGGUGCACUGCGACACCACGCCCGGCGGCGCGUGCAACGAGCCCAACGGUAUCGGCAGCUCGAUCGGCAUCCCCGACCAAGGAUGGCAUAACUGGCGCAUGCAGUGGGACCGACGGUCAAACAACUGGCAGACGGAGACGAUCACUUGGUACCGUGAUGGGCAGCAGUUUCAUCAGAUCAGCGGUGCGAGGAUCGGAAGUGAGGGGAUCUGGAACACCUUGGCCCGCGCUCCUUUGUAUUUCAUCUUGAACGUUGCUGUCGGCGGCAACUGGCCUGGAAACCCAGACGGGUCCACCAUCGGCGGAUGGGGAAGCAUGAUGGAGACCGCCUACGUCGCCGUCUACCAAUCUCAGUAG